AUGUCAACAGCUGCAGAUUUAGAAAACCAACAACCACAAGAUCAUCAUUUAGUGAUUGAUAAUGAUCAAAAUUCAAAUCCUCACGAUCCUCAUCAUCCAGUUACAAAAAUUCAUACUGAUGGUGAUUAUAUUCAAUUUGGUAAUGAAAAGUAUUUAAGAUCAGAAUUAGUUCAAGCUUUUGGUGGUACUUUAAAUCCAGGUUUAGCACCUCCUCCAAAAUAUGAUUUUGCAAAUCCUGCUCCAUUAGGUUUAUCAGCUUUUGCUUUAACUACUUUUGUUUUAUCAUUAUGUAAUUGUGAAGCCAGAGGUGUUACAAUUCCAAAUAUUGUAGUUGGUUUAGCAUUCUUUUAUGGUGGUGCUGCUCAAUUGGUUGCUGGUAUGUUUGAAAUUGCAGUUGGUAAUACUUUUGGUGGUGUUGCUUUAUCUUCUUAUGGUGGAUUUUGGGGUUCAUGGGCUGCAAUUCAAGUUAAUUCAUUUGGUAUAUUAAGUGCUUAUGGUGAAGAUACUACACAAUUGAGACAUGCUUUGGGGUUAUAUUUAAUUGGUUGGUUUAUUUUUACAUUUUUCAUGAUGUUAUUAACUGUUAAAUCAACUGUUGCAUUUUUCUUGGUAUUUUUCUUUUUAUCAAUAACAUUUUUACUAUUGGCUUGUGCUGAAUUUAGUAAUAAAACUGGUGUUAAAAAGGCUGGUGGUGUUUUUGGUUUAAUUACUGCUUUUACUGCUUGGUACAAUGCUUAUGCUGGUAUUGCAAAUCCACAAAAUAGUUAUAUUACUGUUAAAGCCAUUCCAUUACCUGAUUUACAAGAUAAAUCAAGAAAAAAUAAACAACAAUAG